AUGGAAAUUAAACGUGUCAACUGGGGGAUAAUGAAGUGGGGCGCUAAUAAAAUGAGAACUCCAGAUUUUGAAAUUUAUGAUGGAUUGGAGACGGGCACACAUGCCUACUGGAGAGUCUGCUACUUUGAGAGACUGGAGGACACUGCUCAAGGACAGGAGACAUUUUCUUUACUCGGAGACGUGAACAUCGAUGCCUGCAAAAAGGGUUGCUCGAAAAAGCUCCCCGGAAUCAAUGGCAACCGGUAUGCGAGAGAGAUAGAAUCUGAUGAUUUGAAAUAUUCUGAGAUGAGAACUCCUCGACCGAGUCUUAUGGAGAUUCGAGAGGUUGCCGUUCGAUCUGGAGAGAUUUUGGGGGAGAUUUGUUGA